AUGUGGCGCCUCCUUACGGCAGCAGCAGCACCGCUGCUGCUGCUGUUUUCUCAUCUCCCCUUCUCUUCUCUCGCAUCUAACCAGUCUGCUGACUUUGGCGGAGGUGACUUGACAGCUGAUGCGCGGCUAGUAACCGAGCACGUCGAGCUGCUGGCCUGGUACCUUCAGAACGACAGACUGGCGGUGGCUCACGUCGCCAUCUGCCUCUUAGAGGGGCCCCACAAAGAAAUUUCUCGGGCUGUGAUUGACAAAUGCCAGGGCGACUAUGAGUUCAUCCGUUACUCCGUCAAGGAUUUCAUCGUUGACUUGCCUCGAUCCUCAGUGCGUCUGGCUAGCUAG